ACUUUUGCUGUAGACUGACUUGAGAAUCUUGUCUCAAGAAUUCCCUAACCAGGGAGUCUUGACAAUUAAGAUGAGUUCUGAAAAUGGUUUCGUAACAGAGAAUAGCAGCUCUGUGCAUCUGGAGAGAGGACAAAACAAUAAUGCCCCCAGUGUCCAUUUUCAAACACACCAUGAAGGGUCCCUCGGAGUUCCUGUCCCUUGUGCAGUCAUGAACCUGGUCUUCAUCACCAUUUUAAUCAUUACUCUCAUUGCCUUAUCAGUGGGCCGGUACAAUUGUCCAGGCCAAUAUGACUGGCGAAUGCCAUCAGACAGCCGUGUUUCUUUCUGCUCAGGUGACUGGGUUGGCUACCAGGGGAAAUGCUACUUUUUUUCCACUAAAACAGAGAGCUGGAUCUCCGCCUACAUUGCUUGUUCUAAACAUGGUGCUACUCUUGCUGUCAUCGAUUCUGUAAAGGAUAUGAUCUUCCUAAAACGAUAUGCUGGUGGAAAUGAACACUGGAUUGGACUGAAAAACGAAGGUGACCAGACAUGGAGAUGGUCAAAUGGCAGAGAAUUUAGCAACUGGUUCAACUUUACAAAAUCUGAGAACUGUGCUUUUCUGAACAGCACAGAGGUCAGCAGCACAGAAUGUGGAAGGAAUUUACAUUGGAUAUGUAGCAAGCCCUCCCAAUAAUGAGGAAAUGUACUUACUGAUAGACUAUUAGGGCACGGAACUAAAGGAAAUCUGUAUCAGUGGAUGAUGCUCCGUGGUCAGUUUUCCACACAGACUUUGUGGUAAAGCUUUGUUAUUAUCUUGGAAAUCUUGCAAAGAGGACUGUGGAAAAAAGGGACAGAAAUUCCAGGAAAAUUUGCAUUGUGGACUCCCUGCUGUGAGCUGAAAACAUUGCAGAUUGACUGAUACUCGUGCCCAAGAAUAGAACAAUGAUGAAACUUUUCAGAUGCACUUUAUAUAUACUUUUUAAAUUCAGAAAUAGUAUAAUCACCAGAUGUAGAGUUAUUAUUUAUGGUUGAAUGACUACCAACAAUAAGCAUCCUUCAAGCCUUUGUACUAUAUGAAGGAGUUAAGACUUCAGUGGUACUGUACGCAAACAAGGGCAAUUAUGACUGCUGACAUAGAUAUCCAGUCAAAAUGAAUUUUUCAAACUCAGGGAGCAUUUAUAAGUGGACAAAUGCUUAUGACACGAAACUUGUGUAACAUUUUUCUCUUUUUGGAAAAAUUUGCCAAGUUACUUUGUCAUUUUUUCCUCCCAAAGAAUGAGAUGAUCAUUUUUUUUUUUUUUUACAUGCUGAAUUGUAGGCUGAUCUUUUUCAAUGGUACAUAUUUCUUUGCCUUUAAAACCUUCUAUAUGGUGUCUUAUAGAGAAAAAACAAAAGCAAAGAAUAUAAAGGACAUUUGUAAAAAAGACAAAAAGUGCUCAAAAAUGUGCAAUAUGUGAUGUGGCAAAUCUCUAUCAGAAAAUAUUCUGUAUUGUUCAAACUUGGAAUAUUAGUCUUACCUGAUAGUAAGUUUGGAACUUUCCUAAUCAACUCUAAUAUGUGCAAUAUGUCAUUUUAAGUAUUUUUAUGUGCAAUAAUUGUGUCUUUUUAUAUUUUUUAUUUGGUACAAUUAUAAGCUGUUUUUUAUCUGUGAAAAUAAAAGUGGAAUGAAUACAAUGGUUUCCACGAAGUGUUCAUUCCUUAAGAUACAGUAAAAAUUAUGUGCCAUAUUAGAAAGCAGAAACAGAAUAAUAUGACCUUUUUAAAAAUUAAUCCUAACUAUAGUAAAACCUUAGUUUCACAACAUGGUUUAUACAUCCCAAUAUUAUGGGUAUUCUAAAGGACCACAUCCACUUUUCUGCAUACAGUAGAUACUCAGUAAAAAUUAGUCACCACAACCUAUGCUUUGAAAGCAUCUCGUGCAAUUCUGAAGUGCGCUGUACAUUUUAGUUAUUUACAUAAAAUGAUUCACUAACUAGAAAUGAUCUUC